GCGCUAUCUUAUAACUAUCUGUUGCGCUGUUUGGAAACGUCACGUCAACAAAACUCAUAUCUAGUAUCUCAAGUGGAGAAUUCAAGUGAAUCAGUGAAAUCCGGACCCGAAAUCCCCUGACAAACAUGGAUUUGAAAGCCUUUUCCGGCGAGAGCUUUGACGCCAAGGAUUGGAUCAAUCAAACUUUCAAGCAGCCGGAAGCCAUCCAAAACAAAGAGCAAUACGCAUCAAACCUUGUAAUGAAGCUCCAACUUCUGAUAUCCAAGUUAAACACUUCAAUCGAGGACCAAUCGGACGCGGUGGUUCAAAACAUACCCAAAAUCGUCCGAGAAAUUGAAUCCUUACAAAAUGAAGCUACUAUUCUCCAAACCAAAAUGACCACGGUGCAAACGGAAAUUGAUCGAGUCAAUCGCGAAACUGGGACAUCCAUGGAGACUCUCGUCAAGUUGGAUAAACUGAAAGGGCGAAUUCUGAUGACAAGUACAGCCUUGAAAGAGGCGGAUAAUUGGACGACCCUAUCAGCUGAGAUCGAGGACGCUUUGGACAGCGGGGAGAUCGAAGUGAUCUCGGAGAAGCUCUGCGGGAUUCAGGCUUCCUUGAAGAUUCUUUCCCAUGUCCCGGACUACGAUGACAGGGUCUGUCAUGUGGAAAGCUUGAAGAAUCGUUUGGAGGCUCUGGCUAGUCCCCAAGUGGUGGCAGCCUUUAACUCCUCCGACGAGGUCAAAGCCAAAUUCUUUGUCCAAAUAUUCAAUGGCAUGGAGAGGGGCUCACAGUUGUUGAAGUAUUUCCGCAAAUGUCUGAAGGCCAGAUUGAUCAAGGAUUGGGAAAGGAUCGUGGAGGACAAUCAGCAUCUAGGUGCUCUGGAGUGGUGUGAAACGUUUUUUUCGCAAUUGGAGCAGACCCUUGGGAGUCAGUUCCAAUGGUUCAAAAACGUGUUCCCGAGUGAGAAUCCGUCGGAGAACAUGAUCCAAACUUUGGUGGAAGUCUAUUCCGGACUUGAUCCAAAGAUGGAUUUCUGUCUGGAAUCCAGUUUGAAACAACACUCGGAUGAUACUUUGGGUUAUUUGAUACAAGUGAAGCAAGCCAUCAGUAGACAUUGCCGUUUUCUCGAGGAGCUUUUAGGCCAAGGUGAAAACGAUGCCUCUAGUCGUGAAUUGGGCCAGCUCCUCUUCCAGCCAUUUAAGUUGCACACAGCCAAAUAUGGCCAAUACGAAGCGACUAGGCUCCAAUUGGAAUUGGAAUCCAAUACCCAGACUUCCAAAGACAUCAUUGAUGAGCUCCGAAAUGUGACUGGAUCCGUUAACAAGUUAAUGGAAGCCUUCACCGAGGCCUCCAGACGAUGUUGUGACCUCACUGAAGGUUGUGCUUAUCCGGCCUUGGUGGGCACUCUGGAAGAUGGUUUGAGCUCAUAUUUGAGCCGUUUCACAAGCUUGAUGCGAAGGCUGGACAAGCGGAAGACCUCUUCUCAUUCCUGGGCCAUUUUCCAGAACAGUUUGACCUUGAAUCAAGCUGUAGGAGAUCUAUUAUUACACUUGGAACAACUGGAUAUCACGUUGUCCAUUGAUUUCCUGGAACGAACCAAAGUGUUCCUCGGCUCGUCCCACGAUAGCCAUCCUAGUGCCUUCGAGCAGUUCCACUUAUUCCUUCUAGACAGUGGAGCAAUGCUCAAACUAGACACAUUUUACGAGAAAGUCAAGCAAGGAUCGAAUUACCCGAUCUUGGCCAAAUGCCUCAAGUUGGUGUCCAAGGUGUGCGCGGAGCUUCAACUUACUACGUUCACGAUCAUUUUCCAUCCCAUUCAAGAGGAGUUGAACAUGGUGUCGGAUUUAGAGUUGUGGAAGUCCGCCUCCGCGGGUUCGGAUUCCACCGAACAAGAUAUGCCGGAUUUCAGUUUCUCACCUCAUGAGUACAUCACACAAAUUGGACAGUAUCUCAUGACCCUCCCUCAACAUUUGGAGCCAUACAUGACUAAUGAAAACCCGGCCUUGGCCCGAGCCUUUCAGGAAAGAGUAUUCCCCUAUUGUUCUGGGAUUGGUGAGAAUUGCGAGCAAAAUCCCGCGGAUUUCAUCCUGGCCUGCAUCACUCAAGCCAGUUGUGAUACCUAUCAAGGUGUGAUUCUCAAGAUUCCCACACUGUCAACGAAUUCUACGAAGCAAUUGGCAUGUGAUGUUGCCUAUCUGGGUGACAUCUUGGAGGAUUUAGGCCAUUGUCUCUCGGAUGGCUUGAAAAACAUCCUGACCCUGUUGAAGUUGCCUGCCAAGGACUAUUGGGUGGCUUCCACGGGAUGUCCUCAAAAAAUGGUGUCCACCAUCAGACAAAUGAGAAACCUGGGCAAUACCAAAUAACAUGUCCCCUCACUUCCGUGUUCUUGCGUUUCCUUAUUUAGUGAUAUCAUCAGUUUUGUUAAAAGUGUUGAUUUGUUAAUAAAGUGUGCCUUAUGAAGAAUA